AUGCAUAUAAACGAAUUAAAUAACGCCCCCUUAAGUAAUAUAUAUUUAUAUAAAAAUAAUAAAGCCAAGUUAAUUCCAUAUCUAGAAAAUGUUUUUAUAAAAAAUAUUUUUUGUUGUAACUGUAGCAUUAAUAUCUUAUUACAUUCUGGUCAGGAUGAAUAUAAUAUGAAUAGACUAAUAAAAUUAAAAAAUAAUAAAAGUUAUAUAAAUAUAUCAUGUUGUGAUAAUAAAUGUGGUUAUUAUUUAUCAAAGGAUUUAUUAUUAUAUGAGUUCUAUGGUGAUAGAAAUAUAAAAAAUAAUAACAUUUGUAAAGAUGUAAAAAAUAAUAAUUAUUUUAAUAUUUAUAAUAUAAAACCUAUUUUAAAAAAAGAUAAAGAAAAUAAAAAUGUAUGGUAUUAUGAUAUAUUAAAAAUAAAUGACAGUGACAAUGAAAAUAUGAAAAAAAAAGAGUUCAAAUAUAAAAAUAUAAAUAAAUACUUUUAUGGAAAUAAUAUAUUCUUCGCAAUAAAUAAUAUAAAUGAUAUAUAUAUGUGGAAAGAAAAAAAAGAAUAUAACGAAAAAAAUAUAGAAAAAAAAAAAAAAUUCAUUUAUAAUCCUACAGAUAGUAGUAAGUCACAAUAUUAUCAAUAUAAUUAUAUUGAUAAUAAUAAUUUCUAUAUAUCAGGAUUUGUCAAAUAUUUAUAUUUUCCAGACAAAAUAAGUAUUGAAUUUAUAUCAUGCGGAAAUAAUCACACACUUUUUCUAUCAAAAGAUAAAAAUUGUUAUGGUAUUGGCUGUAAUAAAUUCUAUCAAAUAAAUUAUCAUAAAGAUAGAAAUAAAACAAAACCUUUUUUUGAUCAACCUGUUAUUAUAUAUAUUACAAAUAAAAAAAAAAAAAAAAAAGAUAUAAAAUAUAUUGCAGCUGGAUAUAGUCAUAAUUUAAUAUGUACUUAUAAAAAUGAAAUAUAUUCAUGGGGUAAUAAUAUUUAUCAUCAAAUUUUUAGGAAUAGACAAAGUGUUGUUAAAAAACCAACAUUAAUAUUAAACAAAAGAAAAAUAAUAAAUAUAAUAAAAAAUAAAAAUAAUAUAAUAAAAAAUAAAAAUAAUAUAAUAAAAAAUAAAAAUAAUAAAAUAAAAAAUAAAAAUAAUAUAAUAAAAAAUAAAAAUAAUAUAAUAAAAAAUAAAAAUAAUAAAAUAAAAAAUAAAAAUAAUAAAAUAAAAAAUAUUUACAAUAAUAAUAACCCAUUUGAGGUCUUAAAAAUAUGCUGUGGAUUUUCUUUUUCUUGUAUCCUCUUGAAAAAUAAAAAAUGUUUUCUCAUAGGAAAAACAUAUUCAAAUAAAAAAUUAAUAAAAAAAAAAAUAAUAAUAAAUAAUAAUAAAUCAUAUCAUCAUAAUAAUAAUAAUUAUUAUUAUACAAAUCAAAUGUGUGAAAAAAAAAAAUCCGUGUCACUCAUACAAAUAUGUAAAAACAAAAAAAUUGAUGACAUAUAUUGCACUUUUUAUGAUAUAGUUCUUGUUGAAAAUCUUAAACUAUCUAACCUAUUCCCAACAAUUAUUCAUCCACAAAAAAAAAACAAAAAGGUUUAUCUAUUCUUUAAUUUUAAAAUAAAAAAAAGCAUCUCCUAUAAAAUUAGAUUAAAUAAUUACUGUAUGAAAGUUAUAAAAAAUGAAAAGGAUAAGAUUCAAAUAAAAAAAAAAUGUAAACAAAUACAAACAAAUAUUUUACCUACUCACAAAAAUGAUGAUAAUGAUAAUAAUGAUAGUGAUAAUCAUAAUAAAAAUAAUUAUUAUUAUAAUAAUAAUAUGCAGAUUUUAUUCCAUUUUAAUUAUCCCCCUUUUAAUGAUAAAUCCAACCCACUAUCUUUACAACAAAUGUUUGAUGUUGAUUCUAAGAAAUUCAAAAAAAUAAAAACCAAACAUAUAUUUCCAUAUAUAAUAAAUAAUAAUAUGAUAAAUCAAAAAUUAUAUUUAACCUUAUAUAAUAAUAAUAAUACAUACAUACAUUUUUAUAAUAAAUAUCUUAUGUUGUCAUCAUAUAAAGGAAUAAUCAAAAAUAUCAUACCAAAUAACUGUGCAUUAAAAAAAAAAAUUAAAAUUAAAUUAAUUAUAAAUAAAGUUCCUAUUUAUAUAAACAAAAAAUUUAUUUCUAUACUUUUCUAUUUUAAAGGACAUGGACAAAAAGAUAAUAUUCAAGUGAAUAAAGGAAAAAUGAAUAAAAAUAAAAAAAGUAUUUAUACAAAUAUUAUAUUACCUACAUAUAAUCAUAAUGAUAACAUAUUUUUAAAUAAUACUCAUCAUCAUUUUAAUAUAUGUGAAAUAUAUUUUUCACUUGGUUAUCACUUCUAUAAAUCUUCAUUCCCUAUUAUUAUCAUUAAACCAGAUAUAUUAAAUAUUAGUCCAAGUUAUGUUUCUAUAAAUAAUAAUAAUUCUAUAUAUAUUAACAUGUUACACCUCUCAAGUAAUUUUCAUACUAUUCAUGUUAUUUUAUAUAAUACCCAUUUGAGUUGUAUUUAUAGAAAGGCAUACUACGAUGAAAGGACAGAAAAUUAUUUUUUCUCCUUACCCUUAAUACCUCUGACAUUAUUUCAAAAAAUUAAAUCAGAAUUCAUAAAAUUUCAAGUUUUUGCCUCUUAUAACAAUGUCGAAUACAGCCAAAACGACAUACUUUUAACAGUUACAAAAUUUUAA